AUGCAUGAUUUAAUAAGAGAUUUGGCCAUCGGAAUUACAAGGAAGAGGCCUUUGUUUGUAGUCAAAGCUGGGAUGGAGAUAAGGGGAUCAAUUGGUGUACAAGAAUUUACUAAAGAGGUUGAAAAAAUCUCAUUAAUGAGAAAUCAAAUUGAAAGGCUUUCAGGUGAACCCAACUGCCCAAAACUCUCCACAUUGUUGUUGCGAGAGAACCCUCUCUCAGGCAACAUUUCUCAUGAGUUCUUCUAUCGCAUGAAGAGCCUCAGAAUUCUCGACCUCUCUAUGACUGGUAUUGAGUAUCUGCCAGAAUCAGUUUCCAACUUGAAGAACCUGUGUAUGCUCUUACUAAAUGGUUGUAAGAGUUUAAGGAAGGUACCGUCCUUAGCAAAGCUGAAGCGUCUAAGGUUUUUGAACCUAAAUGACACUGGCAUCAAAGAAGCGCCGGAUGGGAUGGAAUGUUUGGUUAACCUCAAAGAGCUUUAUGUUUCAUCUGUUGAAGGGACAAAUAGGAUAAAUGAUGGUGGUUGCAAUUCCUUAAUGCUUCCUGAUAGUAUUAUCAUACUGAGAAUGGAGAGAUGCCAGCUGUCAAGCUUACCGUGCCGGUCUCGCUUGCAACACUUACAGUCUUGUGACAUCAGGUGGUGUAGCAUGAAGUGGUUGUUGCCGAUAGGAGACAACAGCAACAUAAUUCCGUCUUUACCCUCAAUACGGACACUGUAUCUAGUGAAUCUUCCGAAUUUGAGGGGUCUGUGUGAGGGAGUCUUGCCGCUUGGCUCAUUUGCAUGCCUCAGAGGCCUGAGUACCUGGGGAUGUCAAGUAUUGGAGAAUGUCAUGUCACUUGAACUGUUUCGGAGCCUCCAAUGCCUUGAAUACAUCAAUAUUGAAAAAUGCAGUGAGAUGGAGGAGGUGAUAAAAGGAGGAGAAGAAGGUGAUAACAACAACAAUGACAAUACCAUCAUGCUACUCCCUAACUUGAAGGUGUUGGAAUUGAUAAAUUUAGUGAAAUUGAAAAGCUUUUGUAAGUGGGUAAUCAUUUGUCCUUCCCUGUCUAAGAUUUAUAUAAAUGGUUGUCCCCAGCUGAAGAAGAUCCCUCUUUCCUUCAGCGACUCAACAUCUGUUGUGAGCGGAAAAAUAAAAGGAAGCAAAGAGUGGUGGGAUGCAUUGGAGUGGGAUGAUCCCAACACCAAAACACUCCUCCUACCUCUUUUUCAAGAAGAAGAAGAAGAAGGACGUGGAAUGAAAAGAAAAGCAGAACAAGUAGAAGAGAUUGCAUCGACGUCACAGCACCAAUAA